GUUGCAGCUCGAUCGCUUCCCCCACCUCGAAGUGGAAGGCCAUAGCGACAUGGCUUCUCUCUUCACGUCCACCAUCUCUGCCUUCCUGCUCAUCCUUCUCACCCAUUCCGGGCACUGCCCGGCCGCUGCAUUCUACCUCCCCGGAAGCUACCCCCAGCGGUACCGCCCUGGCGACACCCUGGCCGCCAAGGUGAACUCCCUGACCUCGCCGUCGUCGAAGCUCCCCUACCCCUACUACUCCCUCCCCUUCUGCGCUCCACAAGACGGCGUCCACCACGCCGCCGAGAGCCUCGGCGAGCUCCUCCUCGGCGACCGCAUCGAGACGUCGCCGUACCGCUUCUCCAUGCUCAACAACACCGCCCCGCUGUUCCUCUGCCGCACCGACCCCCUGACCCCCGGCGCCACCGAGCUCAUCAAGUCCCGCAUCGACGACACCUACCAGGUCAACCUCCUCCUCGACACGCUCCCCGUCAUGCGCUACGUGAAGAGCCCGAUUGCGCCCGACACGCUCCUCCGCUCCACCGGCUUCCCCGUCGGCGUGCGCGCCGACGACGGCGAGUACUACGUGUACAACCACCUCAAGCUCACCGUGCUGGUGAACAAGCAGAACGGCACCACCAGGGUGGAGACCUUGAUGGCGACAGCCGACGGGGCGGAGCUGCUCAGCCUCAACGGCGGCAAGGACGGCGGCGGCGGUGGCUACACGGUCGUCGGGUUCGAGGUCGUCCCGUGCAGCGUGGACCACGACGCCGCGGCUGUCAGGGACAAGAGCAUGUACGACGAGAUCGCGUCGAAGGCCGCCGCCGGGUGCGACCCGUCGGUGGUCGGCAUGCGCGUGCAGGGCAACCGGCCGCUGGUCUUCUCCUACGAGGUGGCCUUCGUGGAGAGCGGCAUCGAGUGGCCGUCGCGCUGGGACGCGUACCUCGAGAUGGGCGGAGCCAAGGUGCACUGGUUCUCCAUCCUCAACUCCAUCGUUGUGGUCGCGUUCCUGGCCGCCAUCGUGCUCGUCAUCCUGCUGCGAACCGUGCGGCGCGACCUCGCGCAGUACGAGGACCUGGGCGGCGAGUCGGGGGCGCAGGCGGACGAGCUGGUGGCCGGGUGGAAGCUCGUGGCCGGCGACGUGUUCCGGGAGCCCAGCCACCCGGUCCUCCUCUGCGUGCUCGUCGGCGACGGCGUGCGCAUCCUGGGCAUGGGCGUGGUCACCAUCGUCUUCGCCGCGCUCGGGUUCAUGUCCCCCGCGUGCCGCGGCGCGCUGGUCACCGGCAUGCUCUGCUUCUACCUCGUCCUGGGCGUGGCCGCCGGGUACACCGCCGUGGCCGUGUGGAAGACGGUGCGGCGGGGCGACGCCGCCGGGUGGAAGUCCGUGGCGUGGCGCGCCUCCUUCGCCUUCCCCGGCGUCGGGUUCGCCGUGUUCACUGUGCUCAACUGCGUGCUCUGGUACAACGGCAGCACCGGCGCCGUGCCGUUCCUGCUGUUUCUCGUCAUCCUCCUCCUGUGGUUCUUCGUGUCCGUGCCGCUCACCCUUGCCGGUGGCCUCGUCGCGUCCCGCGCCCGCCACGUCGAGUUCCCCGUCAAGACCAACAAGAUCGCCCGGCAGGUGCCGGCGGCGCAGUGCUCGCCGUGGGUGUUCGUAGCGGUGGCCGGGACGCUGCCGUUCGGGACGCUGUUCAUCGAACUCUUCUUCAUCAUGUCGAGCCUGUGGCUGGGCCGUGUCUACUACGUGUUCGGGUUCCUGCUGGUGGUGCUGGCGCUGCUGGUGACGGUGUGCGCCGAGGUGUCGGUGGUGCUCACGUACAUGGGGCUGUGCGUGGAGGAUUGGCGGUGGUGGUGGCGCGCCUUCUUCGCCUCCGGCUCCGUCGCGCUCUACAUCCUGGGCUACGCCGUCUACUACCUGGUGUUCGACCUGCACAGCCUCGCCGGGCCGGUGUCCGCCGCCCUCUACGUCGGCUACUCACUGCUGAUGGUGCUCGCCGUCAUGCUCGCCACCGGCGCCGUCGGGCUCGGCGCGUCCUUCUGCUUCGUCCACUACCUCUUCUCCACCGUCAAGCUGGACUGAUUCGUGUCGUACGAGUUGAGUUGCCGCGCGCAGUCAUGUGCCGAUGAUGACCCUUUAGGGCCGUAUAUGUGUCGUGCUUUGAUUUGUUUUUUAAAUAAGAGUGUUGUGAUCAUUUUUUUUUGGGUAUGGUUAGAUCAUGUACGGUAAUAUUUUUUAUCGCAAUUAACAAUGAAAUGAG